UUAUCAUUUUGAAAGAAUUUUAGCAUAUUUUCACGGCAUAUGAGAUGGCAAAUAAGCCACUGGAAGAAAAAAAUCGCGAAAUUCGUAAGCGCAUAGUAAAUUUAACCGACGUACGUUUCGCUCCGUUGAGCAACUCCAUGUAUUUACAGCCACUUCGAAUGCAUUACAUUCAAGAUGGUAAAAAAAAGAUUUGGGAUUUUAUGAAGGCAUACGAUAGCGUGGUGAUACUCAUAUUUAAUAGGAGCCGUAAGAAACUCGUCUUCGUAAAGCAAUUUCGACCUGCUUCGUAUUGUGCUUGCAUACCGAUAAAUAAAAGGCGAGGAAAAGUUGUUGACCUCCAACAAUAUCCGCCAACACUUGGUUUGACUAUCGAACUUUGUUGUGGCGCAGUUGACAAAGACAAAUCUUUGAUAGAAAUCGCUCGAGAUGAAGUGAGAGAAGAGUGCGGAUAUGAAGUACCUCUUUCAACUUUAAACAAAAUUGUUAAUUAUACGUUUGUAGGAUCAACAACAAGUAAAGAAACCCUAUUCUAUGCAGAAGUUACAGAUGAAAUGAAUAUUCAUAGCGAAGAAGCACAAUCAAAAGGCGAAUUGAUCGAGGUUAUUGAAAUGAGUAUCAAUGAAGUAAAUAAUUAUAUUACUUCUGAUGAAGUUGAAAGUCCUCCGAGCUUACUUAAUGCUGUUUAUUGGUUCUUAAUAAAUAAGAAGCAUCUUUAUUCUAAAGCUGAAAAAAGCAGAUUAUAAUGGAUGUCUUUUUUACAAAAGACAUAUUGUUUUAAAUAUAUAAAAUGUGU